CAUUGGCCAUUGCGAUUUGCCUGUCGCCACCUGCCGUCUAGAACAUUCCGAAAUCUAAUUUGCCUUUUUUCUCGACUUUCGCCGUUCACCGAUUCACAGGCACCAGGCAGAAGCAAACAAAAAGUCUCAUCGGAGGAAAAAUCUCGCUGACAGCUCCACUCGACGCUCUCCUUUAAUCCGUGGAAUCUUCUGUAAAGAUCUGCAGAGCCACCGCCAUGACCGGGAUGUGGGACGAAUGGGAACCAGCAGAUUAUGCUCCAGAAAACGGGGAUACGGAGUAUCAACAAGAGGAAGCUUCUUAUCUCAACUUUGAUUUGUUCUCCUCUCUGCCCAAGCCCAAGGAUUACUAUAGAAUCCUGGAAGUGGAUUAUGAUGCCACUGAGGACGCUAUUCGGUCGAACUAUAUUCGCUUGGCAUUGAAAUGGCACCCGGACAAGCAUAAAGACGAGGACGCUGCAAAGUCAAGAUUUCAAGAAAUAAACGAAGCUUAUCAGGUUUUAAGUGACCCUGUCAAAAGACGAGAGUACGACAAGACAGGGAUGAUGCAUGUGUGUGAUUACAAUCUCAUUGAGUAUCUUAAUCGCUAUAAAGGUCUUAUACUAACAUGCAAUGGCCUAGGAAUGAAGCAUUCGAUAUGGUAAUUCUGAGUUUGCACGCCUAUCUCUCUCUCUCUCUCCAGACAUCUAUGGCUAGCCGCCAUGUUGAGACUCGCACUCUCCUGGUAGUACAAGUGGCAGACUGAGGUUGGGAGCCGCUAGUUUGCAUUCGUCGGUGGCCUCAGAAUUACUGUUUUGUAUAAAUGGAAGUUAGGAAGUAGGUUAGCACUGUCAUGCAGCUUCUAAACCCUGAACUGAAGGUUGCUAUCUUCUGGAUGGGGUUUGUGUUUAUAUAAAAUAUCAGUCGCACCUUUGUGUUCCUGCUCUUCUGCUGUGAGGAAAGUUUUUAGAUGGUUUCGUGUGAGAUGGAGACUUAUUAAGCCGAGGGGAAUACUACAAUUAUGCUUGUUAAGGAAUCGUGGUCUCGACUGGUGGAAAUUACUGUGUUAGAAGCUAGAACAAUGGCAUUUGGAAACACUCGAUGAAUAAAAGUAGAGUAAAUCUCUUUUUAUAUUUUAAAA